GCACGUAUAGUACAUUUCAUUUGCCCUUGCUUGUCAUUGUCGCUGUUCAAGUAUUAUUUUUCGCAACUUUUUGAUAAAUAAAUUGAAUGUUAUAAAAAAGUCACAUUUACGUAAUUUUCUCGAUUUUGCAGAAUGACUUCGUAUGCUAGUUCGAUUGUUAAUACAGUAACGUUUGAAGGUCAAAAGCCCGGUACUUCGGGCCUUCGAAAAGCCGUCAAAGUUUUUCAGCAGGAACAUUACACUGAAAACUUUAUUCAAGCAAUACUUGAAGCCACUGGUAGCUCUUUAGUUGGAAGUACCUUAGUCGUUGGCGGGGACGGUCGUUAUUAUGGCAAAGAAGCUGUUCAGAAAAUCAUAAAAAUUGCUGCUGCUAAUGGGGUUGCAAAAUUGAUAGUAGGACAAAAUGGAAUUCUUUCGACACCAUCAGUAUCUACAAUAAUACGGAAAUACAAAACACUUGGAGGUAUUGUUCUUACUGCAUCGCACAAUCCAGGUGGUCCCAAUGGUGACUUUGGAAUCAAAUUCAACUGUGAAAAUGGAGGCCCAGCUCCUGAUACUGUUACUAAUAAAAUUUAUGACAUCACAAUGAAUUUGAAACAAUACAAAAUUGUUUCUGAAUUGGAUAUUGAUAUUGAUAAAAUUCAAUCCACUAGUGUGCAAGUAGAUAAAAAAUUAUUCACUGUAGAUAUUAUUGACUCUGUAGCUGAUUAUGUAAGUCUAAUGAAAGAAAUAUUUGAUUUUACAUCCAUCAAAAAAUUACUGCAUGGAAGUGCAGAACGUCCUGCUUUUCAAGUUCUUAUUAAUGCAAUGAAUGGAGUUACUGGACCUUAUGUGAAACAAAUAUUUGUCAAAGAGUUAGAAGUAAGUGAUUCCAGUAUAGUCAACUGUGUACCUAAAGAUGAUUUUGGAGGCUUACAUCCAGAUCCAAAUUUGACUUAUGCAGUUGAUCUGGUAAAUGCUGUUAAAAAUGGACCUUAUGAUUUUGGAGCUGCAUUUGAUGGUGAUGGAGAUAGAAACAUGAUUAUUGGGAAAAAAGCAUUUUUUGUUAAUCCAUCAGAUUCAUUAGCAGUUCUAGCAGAUAACUUGAAAUUGAUUCCAUAUUUUAUCAAGACUGGAAUUAAAGGAUAUGCAAGAUCCAUGCCUACUGGAGCUGCUGUUGAUAGGGUAGCUAAAAAAACCAAUAUUGAAUGCUUUCAGGUACCAACUGGAUGGAAGUAUUUUGGUAACUUGAUGGAUGCUGGACGUUUAUCUUUGUGUGGUGAAGAAAGCUUUGGUACUGGAUCAGACCAUAUUAGAGAGAAAGAUGGAAUUUGGGCAUGCCUAGCUUGGUUAAAUAUAAUUGCUACUCUUGGGAAAUCAGUAGAAGAAAUUUUGUUAAGCCAUUGGAAUACAUAUGGAAGAAAUUUUUUUACAAGGUAUGAUUACGAAAACUGUGAUGCUGAAAAAUCAAACCAAAUGAUGGAAUACAUUGAAACACUUAUAAAUAAGCCAGAUUUUGUUGGAACAAAGUUGUUAUUAGAGAACAAAACAUACAUAGUUAAAGAAGCUGAUAAUUAUUCCUAUGAAGAUCCUAUAGAUAAAUCUAAAGCUUCCAAGCAGGGGCUCAGGAUUUUAUUUGAAGAUGACUCUAGAAUUAUUUUUCGUUUAUCAGGUACUGGAAGUUCUGGUGCAACCAUUCGGUUGUACAUUGAAAGUUAUGAAUCUGAUCCUUCUACCUAUAAUCAAGAUCCACAAAAUAUUUUGAAGCCAUUAGUUGAUAUUUCAUUACAAUUGAGCAAACUUCAAGAAUAUACUGGACGUGACAAACCAACUGUGAUUACAUAAUAUAGAAGUUAUUAUGUAUUUUUAUAAAAAAAUUAUAUUAUAUGAUUCUUUUUAUGGAGUGAAGAUGGUGGCAUCUUUUUCAUGUAAAAUGACUGUUUUUUAAGAAGUUUAUCACAGUUUAAUAUCAAUGUUGAAAUUAAUGUAAUAUUAUUGCAUGAUGUUGGUGAUAAGCUGUUGAAAUUAUUUAUUAUUAAAUGUAAACGUCAAAAUUAUAGCAAAUUAAUGCUUAAUUAAUUAUAUUUUAAUAGAUUUUACAUGUGAAAAUCAACGAAAAUUCAA